AUGAAGAUCUCCGCCAAAUCCAUUGUAAGCAAACUGGUAAGGAAAUCAAAGCUUUCCAAGAAUGCAUCAGAAGUAACUCUGGAUACCCUUGCAACCUCAAAGCCUGAGGAAGAUGAUUGUGUUGCAGAAAACACCUAUCACGAAUCAUUUUCAAGCAUUGAAACUGGUAUACAAUAUGAUGCCGAUGUUUGUGACGAUGAUGCGAGUGCCCCCAACAUUCUUUCCGACGACGAGGUCCGUGGCCUCUUCUGCCUCUGGAACGACGCACUUUCGACUCUCAACCCAGACACAGUCGCAUCAAGGUACUCCAGCAAACCUUGCCUUCUUCCUACCGUCAGUGAUAUCCCAAGGACCGAUUUCCAUUCCAUCAAGGACUACUUCGUUCAUUUCUUGGAAAAGAAGCCGCACGGAACGAUCCUUGAAAGUUUUGUUACAACGGGUCCAGGUUGGUGCAUGGACAAUGGAAUCUAUGAAUUCAGUCUGCAGGCCACUGGUGACACUGUGAAAGCUCGAUACUCCUUUGUCUACACCAAAGAGGGAGACGAUUGGAAGAUUUCUCAUCAUCACUCGUCUCAGAUGCCCGAAGAGAUUGUGCCCAAGACGUCCCUAUUGAACAAUAUCGUCGAUGACCUGAUGCUUGGUUUGGUGUUUGGUGUAUGA